AUGUCGCAGCUGAUUUUGAGUGCACUGCGAGACGUGAUUCCGACGCUUCCCGAACCCUAUCCAAAGGAAGUAGUCGAAUAUGCGAACUACAUGUAUAUUUCCUCGAAACAGACUUGUCCUCUGGCUGCCCAAAUGGAAAUUGCACGGUUUCAUCUGUGCUGUUUUCUGGCUGUCGAGAAACUCAAAGAUAAGUUUAAUCUUCCUGACCCCAACUUGAACCGUAUACCAGCUCCAAAGCGUAAGGCAGCUGCUGUUCUAGAGCAAUUUCGGAAUCAAUUAAAGGGCCGCAAGAGACAAGGGGAGCCUCCUGUAACUCCCUCGAAAAGAAGAAUCACCGAGCUAGCAACCCCAGAGUCCACGCCUGGUAAAAAGCGCACGAACGCUUUAACUCCAAGACCGACGCCCUCAAAAACGAAGAAUGUGCUGGCGACUCCUGAAAACACACCCAGGAGCUUGAAAAUGGAAAUCAAAAGUGAGGAACCAUUGGAUAUUGGAUCCGCGGCCAGGUCUUUGCAGGACAAAUUGCUUGCUGCCGCGGACGAAGUGAAGGGCCCCUCUAAAAGAGGACGCAAAAAGGGAUUCAAGAUGCUGUCGAUGGCAGACCGGUCUCUGAACGACGAUACGAUUAUUACGACCGCUCAUUUGAUCUCAUUUUGCAACAAGUUUUACUUGCCAGAAGACAUCACAAAGAACAUACUAAAGACAUACACGAAUUACUAUUACCGUACCAAAAGUCCAUGGGGAUUGUUAUGUGGACUGGUCUCCAUUGCGUUCUUGAGGCUGAACCGAGAAAAAGUGGAUGCCAAAAUGGGAUUCAAAACACAAUUCUUCAGGAACCUCCAGGUGCACGAAAACGGUGGCCUCAAGUUUAAUGAACUGGUGGAUUGGAUCGCGCUUGUUGAAAGAUUAUGCGAGACAGAAAAAUGGGUGCGCGAUCUGGAGGACAAAGAUCUGUUGAAAACCAAAUCUAAACUUCCAUUUGGGAUACCGACACUGAACUCCUUUAUUGGAAACGAAGUGUGCUAUUAUUCCAAUGGUGCAAUCCGCGAGUAUGAAAAUUGGAUAGGCAGCAUUAAGAAACAGACGAGCACAUAG